GAUGCGGGCGGCUCGGCGCGGGUAGCUCAGCCCGCGUGCAGGGCGCCGGGCGGGGCGAGCGCGCGGCAUGUCGCAGGGGCCCCCGGCGGGCAGCGUACUGCAGAGGAGCGUCGCGGCGCCCGGGAACCAGCCGCAGAGCCCUGAAGAUGACGACAGGAAGGUUCGGAGGAGAGAGAAAAACCGGGUUGCUGCGCAGAGAAGUCGGAAGAAGCAGACUCAGAGGGCCGACAAACUCCACGAGGAGUAUGAGUGCUUGGAGCAGGAGAAUGCAGUGCUGCGCAGGGAGAUCUCGAAGCUGACGGAGGAGCUGCGGCACCUGAGUGAGGCGCUGAAGGAACAUGAGAAGAUGUGCCCCCUGCUGCUCUGCCCCAUGAACUUUGUGCAGGUUCGGCCGGACCCUGUGGUCAGCUGUCUGCCAUGAUGACGCCCAGGCACGCUCCUCCUCUGUCCAGCCCAGAGCCUUGGUUGUUUGUGUACCUGAGAGGGAGAGUUUGCCUCCACACUAGUGUCCAGGGGCCCCUGGGGCCAGCUGUGAUCUCCCCAGCCUGGCCUCAGCAGGGCUCUCCAGGGGUGCUUGACUCAGCCCUGGAUCUUGGCAGAUCCAGAAGGUCCCCUUCGGAAGACUCACCCUCAAGAGCCACGCCUCACGCCUCCCACGUUGGCAGCUACAGUAGGUUCUGCCCUCAGGCAGGGUCUUUUCCUCUAGAAUUGGGAUAAUAAAGAU